CAGCGCCGCCACCUGGUGAGCCGGUGGAGACGCGGGUGAUUGUGUCGCUAUCCCAAGAGGCCAAAGUGUUCCCUUGCGUCCUGGGAGCUUAGUUAUUAGACGCCCCGAUAAAAUGUGGCUGACGGCUGCGAUAUUGGCGGCCUACGCAUGCGCGUGUGUGUGGCGUGUAGACUGUGGAGCGUCAGCUAUGCAAAUGUAAUACAGGCAAACUUUUACAGUGAGAACAACAAUCAAAGUUCAGAGAGCAGUCAGCAGCAGUACAGUAGUGGAAAGAGAACCUGGGACACCUUUUAGAAAAACAAAUGCAAAUGGAGGAGAAAUCGUAUUAAGGUGAACGUACUGGAAGGUCGACUUUCUAUAGGACUGAAUGUAAUCGCACAUAUUGUCCUCUGGUGUCUUCUUGGGAGAUCGUAGCGGGAAGAAUUAUCAGAAAUAGAAGAAUGUGGCAGAAUGUCUAAGAAGCGUGGCAAUAUCGGGAAACCCAGCCUGGCUGACAUUAAUGAGGGCAUCACCAAAACACUGGACAUGCAGAACACACAGGAGGCUAUGUCUGUGAUUCCUAACAGUAAAGGGACUUCAGAGGUCUCCACUGGGUCAGGUCAUAAGGAUCCAAAGCAAGCCUGCCCUACACAGCCUACAUACAGCUCUGAGUCUGAGGAGAGCUCUCAGGCUGACUCCGGCCUGGAGGACAAUAAGUCUGAGAACAGAAGAAAGGGUGAGUACCCCUGUCCGGAAUGUGGAAAAGUCUUUGCUUAUUUAUCCUACCUAAAUAUACACCGGAGAGUGCACACAGGGGAGAGACCAUAUGAAUGCAAGGAGUGUGGGAAACGUUUUGUACAGAAGCAGCAUCUCCAGUCCCAUCACCGUACGCACACCGGAGAGAAGCCGCAUCAGUGCUCAGAGUGCGGGAAAAGGUUUUCAUGUAAAUCAGAUCUUUCCAUCCACAUGAGAACGCACACGGGAGAGAAGCCAUAUAAAUGUUCUGAAUGUGGGAAAGGAUUUACCACCAGCUCACAUCGUCGUAUACACGAAGCUUCCCACACAGGAGCAAACCCCUUUCCAUGUUCUGAGUGUGAUAAAGCUUUCCCUACGAAGUACCAGCUACGCAUCCACCAGAUUGUCCACACGGGAGAGAAGAACUUUGAGUGUCCUGAAUGUGGAAAAUGCUUCUCUACUAGUGGGCAUCUCAGCAGCCAUAAGCAGACGCACUCGGGGGAAAAGCCUUGUAAGUGCUCUCAGUGUGGGAAAGCAUUUGCUUGCAGAGCCUAUCUUCGUCUCCAUCAGAAAUCCCACACAGGAGAAAAACCAUUUGCAUGUAACGAAUGUGCAAUGUGUUUUCCCGGCAAAGCUCAUCUUGCCAAUCACAUAAAAGUCCACACAGGAGAAAAAUCAUUUGCAUGCAAGGAAUGUGCAAAGUGUUUUUCUGACAAAUGUUAUCUUGCCACCCACAUAAAAACCCACACAGAAGAAAAAACAUUUGCAUGUAACGAAUGUGCAAAGUGUUUUUCUAACAAAUCUGGUCUUGCCAGACACACACAAACCCACACAGGAGAAAUUAACUAUAAAUGCCCCAAGUGUGGAAACUGUUUCCAGAACAUAUCUGACCUCAAUAAGCACAAGAGAACCCAUGAUGAUAUGUAUGCGUGUUCUGAGUGUGACAAACAUUUUAAACACAAAGGUCAUCUUGAGCAGCAUGAAAAAAUACACACUGGAGAGAAGCCAUUUGUGUGUGCAGAGUGUGGGAAACGCUUUACACAGAAAAUAGCGAUGCUUACACAUGGGCAGAGAAUCCACAAUGUCGGAGUAAAAGCGUUUAAAUGCUCGGAAUGUGGGAAAGGUUUUGUUUUCAAGGUUGAGCUUAAGAAACACGAGAGAGUUCACACAGGAGAGAAACCUUUUCCUUGUACUGAAUGUGGUAAAUGUUUUAGAAUUCGCUCACAGCUGGUUGUUCAUCUCAGACAUCACACUGGAGAAAAGCCUUUCUCUUGCUCGGAAUGUGGAAAAAGUUACCGUGACAAUGGUGAUCUUAUUAAGCACAGGAGAGUGCACAGAGAGAAACCAUUUGUGUGCUCAGAGUGUGGAAAAGCAUUUAGUAGCAACGGCCAGCUUGUUUCACACCAGAGAUCUCACACAGACGAGAGACCAUUCACCUGUUCCGAGUGUGGUAAAUCCUUCAAACAUAGGGGAACUUUUGUCAGUCAUCAGAAAAUUCACACAGGGGAGAGACCAUUUGCAUGUUCAGAAUGUGACAAGCGGUUUAUAAUGAAAUCGGAGCUCGUUAACCAUAAGAUGACUCAUACUGGUGAGAGGCCAUUUCCAUGUUUGGAAUGUGGAAAAUGCUUUACAAAUAAGAAAACCCUGAGAUUGCAUCAUAGAAGCCACACCGGGGAGAUGCCGUACGAGUGUUCAGAGUGUAGUAAAAGAUUUAGAUAUAAUUCAAGUCUUGCAAUGCACAAAAAGAGCCAUUCAGGAGAAAAGCCUUGCUUGUGUCCUGUGUGUGGGCUAGCUUUCAUUUAUCCCUCUGGGUUGGCUCGUCAUCAAAAGCUUCAUGGGCCAGAUGCGGAAAGUGAUUCAACAUAAGCUAGCCACAUACAUAGGAGCCAUUAUACACACAAAAAUCGGAAUCUAGAUUCUGUUUGAUUUAAGGACCCUUAGUCCAGUUCCUGAUUAUUAUAUUUUUUUGCAUACCUAGUUAAUGGAGAUUUAGUCUUUCAGAUUUUGCAUUCUCAGGCAAGUUAGGUGAUCACAAGCUUGCAAAAACCCUGCGCCUAAUUGGCUAUGCCUCCAUGGGGGGUGUUCAAUUGAAGUCUGAAACUGCCGUCUUGUCGGAAAGACAGCAGUUUCCGACUGUUUUAGGUCGGAAAGGGUUCCAACCUAUUCCAUGCAACCCCAUUUUUCCCGACAAGUCGGGAAACCUGACUUGUCGGAAAGCACGCGGAUCGGCGGCUUAAGCGGCUGAUUACUGUGUAUUGUAUUCACGGCCAAACUCGACAGGUUUUAGACCGGUUUCCGACCGUGUCAAUCCGACUUUGAAAAAAGUCAGAUUGGCAUUGUUGGGAAAAGGCCAAACCUGUCGGGUUUGGCCGGGCAUUGAAUACUCACAUGUCGGUUCUUUUCCAUCGGAAAAGAUCCGACAUGAACUGAAUACACCACUGUCUCCUACAGUCAGCUGUGUCAGCAUUCCAGCCAUAACAUCUCAAUGCUUUUGGCAGACAUACAAAAACCUGCAGGCGGGUAUCUUUCAUACCUUCCUAACAAGGGUGUAGCUAUAGUAGAUGUGGGGGGUGUGGCUGCUAUGGGGCCCAGCCCUUUUCCUGCAUCCAGUUACGCUCACCUCCUGACACCUAUGGGGCUCAGGAGUGGAGUACCCACCCCAUUCUGAGUAGUGCAUGGGGGUGGGGGUGAAAACCCUAUAGCUUAGCCCUUAUAGGUAUAGUUACACCCCUGCUUCUUAAGAUUGGCAACUCCUCAUCUUGUCGAUUCCCCUGAAAAGUAUUUAUUUGGUGUCACUUAUCUUAAGGGUCUGAAGCUCGCCAUUUGUCACCGUGAUGUGGCCAGUGCCUCUGAAUCUGGCACCGGGUGCAUUUAUACAAUGGGGAACAUCCUCGGGUAAUAAUAUCAUAUAGCUGAGAAGAGUUUAGUUGUUCCCCUGAUUUUAAGCUACAGUAUUAUUAGCAAUUGCUGUAUUGAACAAUAUUAUUUUAGAUUCCCUCCAUGGGGGAUAUCCAAUUAACUGCUGUAAAAUACCAUGGUUAAUGGAUUCCCCCGGGGUUAGCCGAUUCGUCCCUGACCGCUGACAUUUAUGAGGAAUUGGGGCGUUCCUGAUAAGCAGCCCUCAACCAUUUUUGCGUAAUAACGCAAGGGUCUGGGAACUUAUCUCGCAUCGCAUUACCGUAAACAGGUAAUUUACCGCACUGUAAAAACAGACUGUAUGGGGAUAGAUCAAUAAUACUAUCGGUCUAUUGUAGUCCUAGGCUUGACAUAUUUUUCUAAAAUCUAGGAACUAGGAUAAAAUAGUAGGAGCCAGAUCACCAUCCCCUCAAAAAAAUCAAAAACUGAAACCCAAGGCCCCGCUCUGUCCCCAGAGCUACAUUAAUGAGCAUUUCCAUCCCACUCUCACCGCCCCCUUGGCAAACCAACACCUAUGGCCACAUAACUAAGGGGGUACCCCCCAGGCAAACCAGCUCUCCACAGCCACAUUGCUGUGCUGCUAACCCCCGGGCAAGCGACAACCUCCCUAACGAUCCCCCCAUGGCCACAUUAAUGAGCAGCUAACACCCCAUGGGCAACCAACCCCAAAAGCCACACAACUAAGGAGGUACCGUCAGCCAAACCACCCCUCCACAGCCAACUCCCAGGCAAACAAUCCCCCCUCUCUUUGCUCACAAAAUGUAUGUACCUAACCUCUAUGGCGCCAGAAUCCUCGGCCAUGCAUAGACCCUCUUACCAGAAAGCUCUUUGCAGCCAGAGUUGAAUGGACAGGCACAGCAAUCAAUGCAGGCUGGAACGGACAGGCACAGCAGUCGGCGCAGGGGGACGGACACACGGCAGAUGCACUCCUGUGCAAUAAAUGGUCUCCGCAAUACAGGCUCUCCCAUGACUCUCUGCUGGGAUUGACAAGGAUUUGCCUCCUCCCUCCUCGCAGCCAGGCAGCAAAAUCUAGAGGCCAUGGUGACCUGGCCCUGGGAUUUGUCGGGCCCUGUUUUAGUCCACUUAUGUUAUGUGGUAACAUAGGCAAUUAGACACCGGGCCACGUGUCUUAGUUGCUUGUGUUAUGCUUUAUGUAAAAUGCAAUACAUGCUUUUUUAAUAUAGUAGUUAUAAAAAAAAAAAAGUAGAGGCCCUUUUUUUUUAAUACAGGUUGAGUCUCCCAUAUCUAACAUGCUGGGGACCAGAAGUAUUUUGGAUUUUUCCGUAAUUGGGAAUAUUAGCAUGCCAUAAUGAGAUAUAUUUGGUAUGGAACCCAAGACUAAACACAGAAUGCAUUUUUAUGUAUCAGAUACACUUUAUACACAAAGAUUGAUGGUCAUUUUAUACAAUAUCUAUAAUAAUUUUGUGCAUGAAACAAAGUUUGUGUACAUUCCACCAUCAGAAAACAAAGGUGUCACUGUCCCAGCCUUGCUCAAAUAAAUUUGGCUCUUAUUUUUGUAUAUGAGGGGCAACCUAUUGGGCCAGUAAAAGGAAAUGAUUACUAUAUGAUUACAGUCUAAUACUUAUUAUACAAUCAAUAAUUCAGUUAUUUGCUAUCUCUAAGCCUCCAUGGAAAAUAUAAAAGUUCCAGAGUCGGUAGAUGUUCCAUACAGUGCCAGUACCAGGCUGUAAUAUAGUGAUCCUGUAGAAAAUACAAUACAUUACAUUGAUUAAUAGUUGUAAAUCUUUUUAUAUGAAAGAAUUGCAUAAUAUCUUAGACACACAUUCUCAGGAGAGCGCUGCAGCGUAUUUCUGUAGUGGAGUGUGCUACUGUGCAGUCUCCAACAAAAUGGAUGCUUCAUUUCGUUACCAAGAUGUCUGCUGAUAGUGUCUGUGCAUGCACAUCCCCAUCUUCGCCAUAGUGUAUGAGCAACAUGGUGGAGGACGGAUGUCCUCCUCUUAGCUCCAGAGACCUUCAACAUUACCCGCUAGAUCCGCUGUUCCAGAACCCUGACUAUCUGUCAGUAGACCUUUUCCGCUACAGGCUCCAGCUUUUGCUGGCGUUACCCUAUAGAAACCUAUGGGCUGCUUUUCGCAUUCCCCCUGAGAGGGAUCCAAUCUGAUUCCUCCCUGCACCUCCAGUGGUCGCGGCAGCCAUCUGUGCAUACGCAGAGGGACUCUCUGGAAGAAACCUGGAAGUCCCAUCAUUACAAAGAACAGCUCAUAACAGGAGAGCUGUCCUUUGCAUUUCUAAUCGCAUAUAUUAAUACGUAUGCAGUAAGUAUAGUUGCGGUAAGUGAAGGGAUGUACCGCAUCAUGGAAGCGAUACUUAGUAGCCACUAUCAGGAGAGUGCAGCAGCUGUCUCCUCCCUAACAUCAGGGACACACACACACACACACUCAGGAGAGUGCAGCAGCUAUGUCCUCCCUAACACCAGGGGGGGACACACACUCAGGAGAGUGCAGUAGCUUGCUUCUAACAGUAAUAGUUGCCAUUCACCACCUGGACACUGUAAAAGCAGUUGCUAUUGUAGUUGUACCAUAUAUAAAGGGAAGAUGUUCUACAAGGCUACAUACAGUAUAUGCACAUUAUAACAAUUCAAGUAAGUCUAUGUCCAUACUUGCCUACUUUUGAAAACUAGAAUCAGGGAGAUUAUAGUAUGUGCAUUGCAGAGUGCUGCGUGCCGCUGAGGGGGCGUGUCAUACUCUGCCCAAAGGGCGGUUCUAGUUCCACAAAUGGGCGUGUCUAUGCUUAAAUGCUUGUUGUGAGAUAUUUCUGUAUAACAUUCGUAACUAUAUAUUUUGGAAAGUUUUACAAGUAUUGAUACUAACAUUGCUGUGUGCAAUACGGGGAUUCUUGUUUGCAAUAUAUAUUCCCUGUGAUAUUUCUUUUCUACUCCCUAAGCACAAUAUACAUGAUAAAUGUGAUGCCUAUGCAAUAAAUGUAAUUUGACCUUGUGUGAACUCAUCCCUAAACAUAUAAAUAAAUUAUGAUUUUGGUGUA